AUGGUGGACAUUCCUUCUAUUGCCGUGGUGGUUUCAUCCCGCGCCGUUAUCUCCGGCCGUUUGACCGCUGCCACCGUUGUCAUUUCACGAACAACAGGCAAAAUUACUGCCGUCUUCGAUUCCGUGAUUCCAGUAGCGGAAUUCCCUGCCGACACACCAUAUACCGACUACUCCCCACAUGUGUUACUUCCCGGCUUGGUGGAUGCUCAUGUUCACUUGAACGAACCUGGCCGUACGGAAUGGGAAGGUUUCUACACUGGUACCCAGGCCGCAGCCUUUGGUGGUGUGACUACUGUGAUUGAUAUGCCUCUUAAUGCCAUCCCGCCCACUACUACUGUUAACGGACUCAAAGAAAAGAUCCAGGCAGCCCAAGGCAAGUGCUGGGUUGACGUCGGCUUCUAUGGCGGUAUCAUCCCCGGCAAUGCGGGCGAGCUCAAGGCCCUUGUCCAAGAGGGUGUCCGUGGCUUUAAGGGAUUCCUUAUUGACAGCGGUGUUGACGAGUUCCCCGCUGUCACUACGGAGGAUAUCAAGAAAGUCAUGGCUGAGCUGGCCGAUGAGCCCACCACUCUUAUGUUCCAUGCCGAGAUGGUGCCUCCCAUCACUGCAUCUGUGGGCGAUGAGGUCCAGAAGUCUGAUGCACCAGCCGCUCCCGUUGGACCUCUUGAAGCGUAUGCCACUUUCCUAGCCUCGAGGCCCUCGUCUUUCGAGACGUGCGCCAUCGAAAGCAUCCUAUCUUUGGCCCACCUUGCUCCCAAUCUUCCCCUACACAUUGUUCACCUUUCUGCUAUGGAAGCUAUUCCCCUGCUGCGGGAAGCUCGCGCCCAUGGCGUAAAGAUCACAGCCGAGACCUGCUUCCACUACCUGUCCCUCGCAGCGGAGGAAGUGCGCGAUGGCGAUACCCGUCACAAGUGCUGCCCUCCCAUUCGCUCAAAGGUGAACCAAGACCGUCUUUGGGAAGAGUUGGAAGAGCACACUGGCGAUGGCGUCAUCAAGACCGUUGUCUCAGACCACUCUCCUUGCACUCCAGACCUGAAGAUGCUUCCGGCCCACGUCCCCGGCCACUGCGCCGGUGGCAAGGAGGAGGAGCGCGGUGACUUCUUCUCGGCGUGGGGAGGUAUCUCUUCUGUCGGACUGGGUCUGCCCAUUCUUUGGACAGACCUCAGCCGCCGCAAGGGUCUGACUUCUGCGCCGGAAGACGAGAACACCAAGAAUGCCCUUCAGGACGUUGUCCGUCUCUGCUGUGCCAACACUGCUGCUCAAGUUGGUUUGGAGUCACACAAGGGUGAUCUGGCUGUCGGCUUUGAUGCCGAUAUCUGUGUCUUCGACGACUCCGCCGAGUGGACUGUAGAGCCGAGCACCAUGCUCUUCCGAAACAAGUGCUCUCCCUACCAGGGACGCACAUUGCGCGGCAUGGUCCGCGAGACCUGGUUGCGCGGUGAGCGUGUCUACAGUCGUGACCAUGGCUUCGACAGCCAGUCUCCUCACGGCAAACUGCUCCUUGAGAAACGGGUUUAA